GAAUCAUAUCGACACAUCAAAAUGGCCCGUACCAAGCAGACCGCUCGCAAAUCUACUGGAGGAAAGGCUCCACGCAAGCAGCUCGCCACCAAGGCAGCUCGCAAGUCCGCCCCAGCCACUGGCGGAGUCAAGAAGCCCCAUCGUUACAGGCCCGGAACCGUCGCCCUCCGUGAGAUCCGUCGCUACCAGAAGAGCACCGAGCUUCUCAUCCGCAAGCUCCCCUUCCAGCGUCUGGUCCGUGAGAUCGCUCAGGACUUCAAGACCGAGCUCCGCUUCCAGAGCUCCGCCGUCAUGGCUCUCCAGGAGGCCAGCGAAGCUUACUUGGUCGGUCUCUUCGAGGACACCAACCUUUGCGCCAUCCACGCCAAGCGUGUCACCAUCAUGCCAAAGGACAUCCAGCUUGCCCGCCGUAUCCGUGGCGAGCGUGCUUAAAUAUAUCGUCUUUCUCUAACGAUAUUAAACGGCUCUUUUUAGAGCCACCAAACUCUCAAGAAAGAAUCGGUUUGAUUUUACUCAUUCUUAAUCCUGCAUGAAUUGUGUCGAAUAUGAACUUCAGGACAAUUAAAACUGAAUAAGAAUAUUCAAGACGAAGAUUCUCCGUUUUAGAUUUUCUGGAAAAUAACAAAGACGUACGACUACGACUCUUACGAGAUAAAGUCGACCGAAAUUGGGUAACAUUUUGUUUUAUAUGUAAAAGAGGUGAACCAAAACUUUCAGUCUAUAUAUACCAACAACUUUAAGCACAUAAUUAAAUUAUUCUUAGACAGAAAUAUAUUAUAAAUCGUCGUUUUGGAGGAUUUCUAGCAAUCCCCAUGGGAGCCAACAUAGUUCAGCCAAGGAGAUAUCUCCUUGGUUCAGCAUAACGACCAAAUACAGUAACUGAAGCUUUAUUAUCCCGAUUCACAAUUUAUAUCUAGUUGGUUUGAAAAUAUUUGAUCUAUGUGUAUUUCCUUCAUAGAAGAAAAGUUGGCUGAUUUCACAUUUUUUUGGGGGGGGGGUACACAUUAAGAAAUUCAAUAAUGAAAACGCAUGAAGUAAAAGAGGCCGGGGGCUUUAUCCGAGCUAUCAAAAUUAUCCACCCU